AUGUGUACCUACGAACGAACGAUAUCUGACUCUAUUUCUUGUCGAUUCGAAAUAUACAAGCAGCUGCCCACGGCCAUUACUGUCAUUAUAGACGAACAAGACAACCGACCGUUGUUCAAUAUUCUAUGUUACAUGUUUCAUGCCCAUCUGGCAAUCCGUCGACCAAAUCGUCUUUCGCUAGACAGAAACGCUCAACUUCAUCGCGAUUCAAAAAAUACCGACCAAAUCUAA